AUGGAAGGCCCACCCAGAGAAACUUUAAUCCAAUAUGACCCUCCAGUCGAAAUCUCCUCGGACUUCAUUUCCCCUAAAAAGCGUCUUCUAGGUCCAGCAGGCCGAAAACGUGGCACUCUUCCUCCAAUGGAAAGCAAGCCAACAAUUGAAGAAUACUUAAACUCAAUUCUUCCCCCCAGAGAAUGAAUUCAAGACGACAAGCGAUUUAUCCAAUAUGUAUCCCAUCAAUCAGCCUCUCGUCAAGACGUAAUCACUCUAAAAGAAAAACUUGACCAAAAACUAAUGGAAAGACAAGCAAGAGACUCAGGAAUCUGCCCUGUAAGAGAAGAACUGUAUUCUCAAUGUUUUGAUGAAAUUAUUAGACAAGUUACUAUUAAAUGUCCAGAGAGAGGGCUACUUUUAAUGAGGGUCAGGGACGAAAUAAAAAUGACAAUUGCAGCUUAUCAGACCUUGUAUCAGAGCUCGGUUACUUUUGGGACCAGAAAACAACUGCAGGCUGAAGAAGGGAAAAGUGAGCUUCAGGAGAAAAAAGACGAGCUGGAAAAACAGAAAAUCAGGCUGGAAAACAAGAAAUCAGAACUGCUUACUCUCCCUCAUGAGCUGACAAAACUUGGAAAAAUCCCUAUUUUUUGGGUAAAAAAACCCACCCACCAUGAUCGAAAAUUUUUUUUUUUGAUAUAUAUAAGUGAUAAUUGUUAUAAUAAAAUCUCUUGCUAAUUCUGUUAAAUUUUUUAAAUAGCUUGCAUUUUAAAACAUAAAUUUUAUAAUUAAAUUAAUAUUUGCUUUCCAAAUUUUUGCGAAUUGGGACCGAAAAAUAAAUUUAGUAUAAAAUUUAUAUAUAAAUUUUAAAAAAAUAAAAUUAACUACUGAUUGCGAGCGAAAAAAAGUUUUUUGUUCUCACGGAGGGCGAAUUAAUAUAAAAAAGACGCACUUCUGAGGAAAUACGAAGAAAAGAAAGCUGCAAACGAAGCUAAAAGAAAGGUGGAGCUUGAUUUCUUGGAAUAUCAAGGCAAACAUCUGGACACUUUCCUGAAAAACAUCGAUAAGUAA